AUGACUCAAGAACUCAUCGAGGACAACAAACAACCUGAACUCAUGACUUACCAAUCCGACAAACUCACCAAGGGUGGCUCCAACGACUCGUUGGAUGUCGAAUUACAAGACUACCUCGCUAAGUUCUUGGAUAUCUCCAAUAACGCUAAGGAUAAUGACCACAAGGAUAAGCACAUGACCUUGAAGGAGGGUUUGAAGACCUUCCCAAGAGCUGCUAUGUGGUCCGUCAUCUUGUCGUCGGCCAUUAUUAUGGAAGGUUACGACACUAACCUUUUGAACUCGUUCUACGGUUUCCCAGAUUUCGUUAACAAGUUCGGUACUUACUUCCCAGAGAAGGGUAAGAAGGAAAUCCCUGCCAAGUGGCAGACCGCCUUGAGUAUGGCUGUCAACUGUGGUGAGAUCAUUGGUUUGUUCCUUGCUGGUAUCAUUUCUGAUAGAAUUGGCUACAGAAAGACCUUGAUCGGUUCUUUGAUUAUGGUUGCUGGUUUAAUUUUCAUUGUUUUCUUCGCUAAGAACAUCCAGAUGUUGCUUGCUGGUGAGAUCUUGUUGGGUUUGCCAUGGGGUGCUUUCCAGACUUUGACUGUUUCUUACGCUUCUGAGGUUUGUCCUACUGUUUUGAGAUUGUACUUGACCACUUAUGUCAACGUGUGUUGGGUUAUUGGUCAGUUGAUUUCCUCUUGUAUCUUGAAGGGUAUGCUUUCGUCUUCCAUGCACAAUGCCUGGAAGGUUCCUUUCGCUAUCCAGUGGGUCUGGCCUAUUCCAAUUGCCAUUGGUGUUUACUUCGCUCCAGAGUCUCCAUGGUGGUUGGUCAAAACUAACCAGUACGAUGAAGCAAAGAAAUCUAUCAUGAGAUUGUUGUCUGAGAAUGAACACUUGCCAAACAAGGAAUUGAUGGCCGACGCUAUGGUUGACAAAAUCAAGAUGACCAUUAAGGAGGAGAAGGCUUUAAGUGAGGGUAUUUCUUACAUGGACUGUUUCAAGAAGGAAAAUAUCAGAAGAACCAGAGUUGCUUGCAUGACUUGGUUGGUUCAAAACAUCACUGGUUCCGCUUUCAUGGGUUACUCCACUUACUUCUACCAACAAGCUGGUUUGUCCGUCUCUAACGCCUUCACCUUUUCUAUUGUCCAGUACGUUUUGGGUAUCCUUGGUACUUUGGGUUCUUGGUUUGCCUCUCAGAAAUUUGGUAGAUUCACCAUUUACUUCGGUGGUCUUUGUACCCAAACCGUUAUCUUGAUCAUUGUCGGUGGUCUUGGUUUCGCCUCUUCUACGGGCGCAUCUUGGGCAAUUGGUUCCCUUCUUUUGGUCUUCACCUUUGUUUACGACAUGACUGUUGGUCCAAUCUGUUACUGUUUGGUUACUGAGAUUCCAUCCAACAUCUUGAGAACCAAGACUGUUAUUCUUGCUCGUAAUGUCUACAAUGUCGCUGGUAUUGUCAUUGCCGUCAUCACUCCUUACAUGUUGAACCCAACUGCUUGGAACUGGAGAGCAAAGACUGGUCUCUUCUGGGCUGGUUUCGCUCUUGUCUCGGCCAUCUGGUGUUGGUUCGAGUUACCUGAGACCAAGGGUAGAACAUUCGCUGAGUUGGAUUUGUUGUUCGAGAACCACGUUCCAGCUAGAAAGUUCAGAACUACUGAGGUUACCGUUUUCGAUGUUGGCCAUAUGAUGGAGAAGCUUGGUGAGGAUGGUAUCAAGAACGUCGUGGAGGAGACCAAGGCUCAGGCUACUCACGUUGAAAAGGCUUAA